AUGUUCUCGCUCGUCAGAUCCGUCGCCAGAUUCUCAUCCCGCGCCGCCAUCCGCCGCCCUCCCUCGUUCCGUCUCCAGUCCUUCAGCGUCCACGCCUCCAAGAUGUCUGACCAGUCCAUCGUCUUCACCAAGAACGCCCCGGCCCCUGUUGGACCUUACUCUCAGGCCAUCAAGACCCCCACCGCCAUCUACUGCUCCGGCCAGAUCCCUCUCACCCCUGCCGGCGACCUCCUUGAGGGCUCCAUCACCGACAAGACCAAGCAGUGCAUCACCAACCUCAAGGCCGUCCUCGUCGAGGCCGGCUCCUCCAUCGAGAAGGUCGUCAAGGUCAACAUCUUCCUCGCCGACAUGGGCAGCUUUGCCGAGAUGAACGGCGAGUACGAGAAGUGGUUCACCCACAAGCCUGCCCGCAGCUGCGUCGCCGUCAAGACCCUCCCCAAGAACGUCGACGUUGAGAUCGAGGCCAUUGCCCUCCCCUAA